AUGGCUAACGGGUAUCCUCGCAACUUCAUCGAACGCGGCAGACAGGCCGGACCGAGCCGACGUUUGGUGACAGAACAACCAACAAUAUGGCGGGCGCUUCCAUACAUCGACGGCGUUUCUGAGGCCGUCUCGCGUCUCUUAAGACCGCUGGGGAUCGGCAUCGCCCACCGACCGGAGUCAACAAUUCGACAUCUGGUCAUGAGACCUAAGGCCCCUCUGCCACUAGGUGAAACCACGAACGUCAUCUACCGGAUCCGGUGUAACUCCUGCGAAGUCAACUACAUUGGGGAGACCGGCAAACGGCUACAGACUCGUGUUGGGGAACACAUGACGCCAGUAAGGCGAAUGGACCCUUUGUCUCUGGUGGCCGAACACUGCGCCGAUGCCGGCCACACGUUCGCCUUUCAGCAUGCCGAAAUUCUGGGCCGGGGAAACGAUCGCAUAGCCAGGGAAACAAUCGAGGCUCAGUAA